AUGAGCUUCUCGGUCACGUUCGCUGAGCUGGCCAACAUAGCCAUACCGCAGUGUGGAGUGGUGAACUUCAAGGCCCUUCACCUCCUGAUUCAGGGCAUCCUGGACCACAUCCAAAUCGCUGGGCUCAAGAAGGUCCUGUCGGGAGAAGAGGAUUUCCUCCAGACCUCACAGGUGGUGCUUAUGCCCACGGAGAGAGAUCCCCAGCCCAUCCUCAACCCCAUGAAGAGGCUCAGCAACGUCUUCGACAAUGUGGUGGACCGCAUCAACAAGAUAGAGAAUCAGAUAUUCGCCAUGAAGGGCAUGCCCUCUACCACACAGCUGCUGGAGGACAGCCAUGGGACCAACCGGCCUGCCGAGGACCUGUGGAACAUGAUCAAACUCGUGAAGAGGGUGGAGGGCAAUGAGGAAGUCUUAGCGAAGAUCAUGAAGACUCUGCAGGACCUGCUCACCGACCUCCAUUUACUCAAGAACACUGUUGAAACCCUCCAGAAGGACGUGGAUAUGAUAAAGUACAUAUCUGAAAAGGUGAACCCAGAAAGAGUGGAGCUUGUCUGUGAAGACUUGAAAAUGCAGAACCGGAAGUUGGGUGCCCUGCAGCGGGAAGUGGUUACCCUCCAGAACAAGGUUCAUGCUGUCCCCCAACCUGAGGACAUGGUGCUCUGGAGUAGUCUCCAUGAGGCCAUGUUCAGUCCGGGACCUCAGAUGGAACUGGAACCGUCCAAGACGUGGCAGAGUAUGACCUCUCUUCUAGAACCUACCUUGGGGCCGGCUGAGGAUGGCGGCCAGACUGAUGUCUCACACCCUACCCACAGCGCCACCCCUUUGCAGACCAUCCUGCAUUUUGAAACCGCGGGAGUCCUUGAGGAGGAUGCCUUCACCCAGGCUACUGAGUUUAGUGCCCCCCAGGGGAUGUGGACACAACACCAGAUUCCUAAACUAGGAGCCCGCCAACUUUCAGAUGUUGAAGAAAGAGGGGAUGAAUCCGAAUAUGACUACGUCAAAAUGUAUCAGAAAGCGAUCCCUAAAGAUGGGGCUCCCCAGGAUGCUGUUCCUGAGGAAGGGGCUCCCCAAGAUGGUAUUCCCAAGGAAGGGGCUCCCCAGGAGGAGAUUGCCAAGGAAGAGGCUCCCCAGGUUGGGACUGGCAAGGACAGGGUGCGCCAUCACAGAGUCACCAAGGAUGGGGCCCCCCGUGAGAGAGCCCCAAAAGAUGAGGCUUCCCAAGACACAGUUCCCAAGGCCAUGGCCACCAAAGAUGGAUCCCAGAGAGACAUGACCCAAGCAGCACACCCUAAGGGCCCUUCGUCAGCCCUAAAGAAGCUGAAGUCCGCACUGGCGAUAGCUGCAGCAACUGCUGCAGCCUAUGCAUCGGCAGCAAACACAGCUGCCCGGGCAGCCAAAGCUGCGGUCAAGGCAGUCAAAGAUGUUCCUGCAGCCCAAAUGGCUUCUUUAGCCUCAGCUGCGGCAGAGGGUGGGCCUUUAGGGACCUAUGCAAAUUUCCUGGGUGCAGGAACUAGCCGUGGGGCCACCGACUUCAUGCCCUUCAGUGAAGAUGAGCUAGAAGACCUUCCUGAAGAGAUCAUAUCAUCACUUCUUCACCCCAUGGCACCCAGAUCAGUCCUGUCCCAGGCCAUGGUAACUGCCAUGCAGGCUGAGAGCCCUGAGGAGAAGAAGAGGGCUGUCCGGUACUCCAUGAGCCACAUAGCCCAGAUGCCUAUCAAGCACGAUUUUCUCAAAGAAGAGUUUGCCCAUCUGUCGACCAGCCUGCACCAGCGCUUAAAUUACCUGGCUAACAUUGGAGGCCCUGCCAAGAUUGGCAACACAAUAAAUGUGCUGGAGGAGAAGAUUUGUAACCUCCAGAAAGCCAGGCUACAGGAAGAAGAACUUGAGAGAGUUUGGGGCCACCAGAUUGAGACAAUGAAGAAUCACUACAUGGUGCUCGACAGGACGGUGGAAAAGCUCCAGAUUCGCAUAGAUGACUACAAGAUCCUCAAGGCUGAAAUCCAAAGGCUGGAUCAGAUUAAAGCCGAUAAAACUACGAUGGACCAGGAGCUGAGAGAAAAAGCUGACAAGGAUGCCCUGGCAAGCAAAGCAAACCGGGUGGACCUGGAGGUGACGGCGAUGGAGCUGAACGAGAUGAUUCAGAGCAUGCUCUUGAAGAUCACGACCUAUGAGGGGGACUGGAAGAAGUCGCUGAAGCACCUCAGGAAGGACCUGAACACUAAGCUAGUCCACAGCGACCUCAAUAGCCUGAAGAAGGACAUAGAGGAGGUCUGGAAGAUCGUUCGGAAGCUCCUGAUAGAAGGCCUGAGAUUUGAUCCCGACAGUGCCGCAGGCUUUAAAAAGAAACUGUUCGAGCGGGUGAAGUGCAUCUCCUGUGACCGGCCAGUAGAGAUGAUGACCGGCCCACAGCUCAUCACCAUCCGCAACACCCGUGGGCUGUCACAAGUGAGGCCAGCCAGUGCCAACAGCUUCGAGUAUCUGCAACGGCAGCUGAUAAGGGAACAACAGCACCAGCUGCACUUCCACAACUUUGGAGUCCAUGAGGAGGGUCUGGGCCCCCAGAAGGACUGGGGUGAUGGACCCCGAAAUGGGACCACCUUCAAGCACAAACCAAAUGAUCUGUCAACAGUCUACCCUUACGGGGACCCUGAGAUAAUGGACUACGACACAGCUGAGGUGGAUAUCCUUGGAGUGGAUGGGGUCCUGUACAAAGGCCGAAUGAACACCCAGUUUGGGACUCGGACUGGGGAGAAGGAUCUGGCAGCUGUGAAGGUUUCCUAUCCUUCAGUUCAAAACCUGAGCGAUCGUGUGCGCCCCGGAUCAUUACUUGCUCCGGGCUACCCCCCCUGUGUUUCUCCUGCUUCGUCCCUAGGCACCAGCAUCAGCUCUGGCACCACUCAACACUCUGCCACAACGGUGGCUCGGCCGCCAUCCCUGCCACCAGUGCCACAGCUACCGCCACUGAUCCCAAGGGACCCGCAGGAGGCCCCUGGACCCACCAGGCACUUGAAAUCUCUGCGGCUGGAGUCCCUAGCCAGCACCCAGAUUGCAGAGGAGCACACCCAGCUGUGA